AUGUUGCAUGGCAAAUAUCCGGUACCUGUGAAGAACCAAGGAGUCCCUGCAUCCGACUGUGCUGGAGAAGUGGUGGAUAUUGGGUCCGCAGUGACUCGGGUUUCACUUGGUGACCGUGUUUCACCUAUAUUUGAUUUGAAGUACGUCGAGGAGCCGGACUCUGAAGGCAAGGUUGCUCAGCUGGGUGGAAAUGUGGACGGGGUCCUCCGUCAAUACGCAGUUUUUGACGAGAGCGUCCUUGUUCAGAUUCCAGCGCAUCUUUCCUGGCAAGAAGCCGCUUGCAUAACAUGCGCUGGGACCACAGCCUGGAAUUCCUUGGAAAUGAAUGAUCAAGGCCAUAAAAGAUCUGCAUUGAUGCUAGGGACCGGAGGCGUGAGUAUGUUCGCACUGCUUCUCUCUCUAGCCGCUGGAAUUCGUCCAAUUAUCACGUCAUCUUCCGAUAAGAUGUUACAGGAUAUUGCUGCCCUCGGCCCACAUGGCGCUAUUACUAUCAAUUACAGCGAUAUACCUGAUUGGGAGAAUGAAGUCCUUCGACUAACCUCCGGAAAGGGUGUUGACGUUGUGCUCGAGAAAGGCGGAGGCACAAGUAUUCCGAAAAGUGUGACCUCAAUGACCACUCGUGGUACUAUAUCUUGGAUUGGUUUUCUGGGUGGGCUACGAUUUGACGAUCUCGUCAAAUCCUUGGGCCAGCUAUUCUUGAAGGUUGGAACCCUCAGGUAA